AUGGUUGUCGCAGCCGCUACACAUGAAAAACUCGACGAUGUUGAUAUUGCACUCGCAGCGGAGGACGGCCAGGUGAAGCGGGGCCGUGACUCGAAAAUGUGCCACCACAACGAUCGACAGAAAUGCACUCACUGUCUGCCGAUAGAUCCGUAUGAUGAAGAGUACUUGAAAUCCAAAGACAUCAAGCACAUGUCGUUCCAUGCAUAUGUCCGGAAGUUGACACAAGGCCACGGAAAGGGCUCCAAGUUACGAAAGCCCCUCGAAACUCCGCGAGUCAAGGUCGAUCUCACUUGCGACUCGCACAAGCCCUUCCCCGUAGGCAUCUGCACUCGCUGCCGCCCGCCGAUGGUCACCCUCAACCGCCAGAAAUUCCGUCACGUCGACAACAUUUCCAUUGAAAACCAAGAUAUUGUCAACCAAUUCUUGAACUAUUGGCGCAAGAGUGGACACCAGCGAGUCGGCUACUUGAUUGGAAAAUAUGAGCCUUUCACGGAGGUUCCACUCGGCAUCAAGGCUCGUGUCGCGGCUAUUUACGAGCCACCGCAGACAACAAGCGAGAACGGCUUCAAGCUCCUCGAUGACCCGAACAAGGAGGCCGUUGAUAAGUUGUGCAACUGGCUGGGCUUGACGCGCGUGGGCUGGAUUUUCACAGAUCUCUGGACGGAAGACGCGACGAAGGGCACGGUGCAUUGCCUCCGAAAUGCGAAAUCAUUCCUUCUUUCCGCGGAGGAAUGCAUCACGGCGGGAUGGCUGCAGAACCAGCACCCGAACAUCACAGAGUUUUCUUCAGAUGGAAAAUUUGGCUCGAAAUUCGUGACGUUGGUGGCUUCCGGAGACGACAAUCACGAAAUCAGCUUCCAUGGAUACCAGGUUUCCAACCAAUGCGCUCAACUCGUCGAUGCCGAAGUUCUGUGCCCGACCCAGUACCCUGAAUUGGCCUACAUCCGCGAGCAAAAGCUCCGCGACGACCAUUACAUCACGGAUGUCCAAUUUACGAUGAAAAACGAGUACGGCGCUGAGGUCAGCAAGAAUGGGCGUCCGUUGCCGGUGGAAUUCUUGUUGGUCGAUGUGCCGGCGGGUAUGCCAAAGGAUCCGGAGGGCACAUUCCACGUUGGCGGCUCGGAGUUUGCCAUUGAAAAUCGGACAAUUAUCGGCGAAAUUCAGGGCGGCCCGAAUUUGGCGGAGUACCAAGAGGGCGCGAUGGAGAAGGACAUGAUGGACGCGGUCACCAAUUUCCACUUCCUGCUCUUUUUGAUGACGAAUGAUUUGGUGAAAUUUUCCGAUGAUGAGGUGCGAAGCCUUUGCGAGAGCAUCCGCCAGCAGAAUGCUCACAAGGUGAUCGACUGGGGUGCGAACACGGAGAACUGGAAUACGCUCGUCGCGCUCUCGCAUCACCACAAGGAGAUGGGUGGCGGCGGCGGCGCUGCAGCGGCUUCUUCGUCAGGCGGCUCAACGGGCGGCGCCACCUGGGAUUGCCCCCACUGCACCUUCCACAACAACAUCACCGACGCCGAGUGCGCCAUGUGCAGCUUGCCACGUAAU